CUUUUAGGGUAUUAUAAUUGCAAAUAGAUUAUAAUUUUCCUGCACUCAAUGAAAGAAUGUAAAUACAUGACCACCUGUGUGUAUAUAUAAACUCCUGUGGGGUGGGAGAAAUGCUUGAUAAGUGAGCUAGAGGGAGCCUCUCUCAUAAGGAGACAGCCCUUGUCUUAAAGAUUAAUCUCAUUUGUGUCUUGUGCCUCCGUUUAGAGCACCGCAGCCCACAGUGUUAGGGCACCCUUGUUGCUUUGUGACCACUGAAAUGUUCCCUCCACUUCGCUGGUGCCUGUGGCUCUGGGAAAUGGGGGUGGGGAGCAUCCGUAGAAUUGUAGGAAAAGGAAUGGCUGACUGGAGCACCUCACUGCUCCCCCCAUGAGCCUCUGAAAGUCUGUACCUCUGCGUGUCUCAGCCCUCAUUGCUGCCCAGUGUUGACUCCAUCUCCUCUGCGCUCCACCUUUUCUUGCUCACCUCUUUCCUUGCCCAGAUUUUCACUUAUCUUUUUUUUUUAAAGAUUUAUUUAUUUAUGCAAACAAGAACUGGGGUACAGGCCAGAGUUUUGGGGGGUGAGAGGAUUCACCAAAGACAGAGGGGGGAACAGAACAGGCAGAUCAACUGAAAUACACUGCUGAGGGGAGCAGUGGGCAAGUCAGGAGAGGUCUGCUGCACCAUGUGGGCAACUCCCUGGCCGGGGAUCGAACUCAGCUGCAGAAGCUGCAGACAGCUUCAUAGGUUGCGUCUUAACCCCUUGCGCCAUCAGGGAGGCCCUCACUAAUCUUUUGAUGCGACACAAUUUUUAAUUUAGUGAGGACAGCAGGCCUGGUGCCUUGGACUGUGAUGAGGGCAAGAUCUGUGCUGAAUGGGCUUCGCAGCUUUGCUGCUGACUCAUCACAUGAGAAAGUACUGGCCACUGGCUGGAGGAUGGCCUGUCUCGCGCGCUAGAGAGCGCUACUUCCGUGUUCACGGUGUUGUUUAACACAUUCCACUAACAGCUCAAAAGAAAACACAUUUUGGUCUUAGGCCAUCGAUGCUUCCCACCAGGUGUCAGGACAUCUCGUGCAUCACAAAGCCCUCACAUGUCACAGCCUGCCCGGUCUUCCCCUCUGUGGGCCUGCUCACCUCAGUGGACUCCCAUCAGGAUUGCUUCUGGCCCUAUGACCCAGCUUCCUCUUCGCUUCAGUCCAUGCCUUGCCACUUGCCCUUCCAUAACAGAAGUCAGCUUCAUGAAAAUACUCUUUGCUUCUCCUUUCAUCUCUUCCAGAGAGAAGGAGCAAGAAAGGGAAGAACAGUUAAUGGAAGACAAGAAAAGGAAGAAAGAGGAUAAAAAGAAAAAAGAAGCCACUCAGAAGGUCACGGAACAAAAAACCAAAGUGCCCGAAGUGACGAAACCAAGUCUAAGCCAACCAGCGGCCGCCAGCCCGAUUGGCAGCUCUCCAUCGCCACCAGUCAACGGUGGCAACAAUGCCAAAAGGGUGGCAGUGCCCAACGGACAGCCGCCCAGCGCCGCCCGCUACAUGCCUCGGGAGGUGCCGCCGCGAUUCCGCUGCCAGCAGGACCACAAAGUGUUACUAAAACGCGGGCAGCCCCCUCCACCAUCCUGCAUGCUCCUCGGAGGCGGGGCAGGGCCUCCUCCCUCCACAGCACCCGGAGCAAACCCCAACAACGCACAAGGGACAGGAACGCUGCUGCAGAGUGAGAGCGGGACUGCACCAGAGUCAACCCUUGGAGGUGCUGCUGCUUCAAAUUAUGCAAAUUCCACUUGGGGCCCGGGAGCCUCCUCCAACAACGGCGCCUCCCCCAGCCCAGGUCACAUCUGGGACAAGGUGAUUGUAGACAGGUCCGACAUGGAAGAGUGGCCUUGUAUUGCCAGCAAAGACACUGAGUCUUCUUCCGAAAACACCACCGAUAACAACAGUGCCUCGAACCCUGGCUCUGAGAAGAGCACUCUGCCAGGAAGCACCACUAUUAACAAAGGGAAAGGGAGCCAGUGCCAGUCUGCAAGUUCUGGGAGCGAAUGUAAUCUUGGGGUCUGGAAAUCUGACCCCAAGGCUAAAUCUGUUCAAUCUUCCAACUCUACCACAGAUAGCAACAAUGGACUAGGAAACUGGAGGAAUGUGAGUGGUCAGGGGAGAAUCGGACCUGGCUCUGGCUUCAGCAACUUCAACCCAAAUAGCAACCCAUCUGCCUGGCCAGCACUGGUCCAAGAAGGAAAUUCUAGGAAAGGGGCAUUGGAGACAGAUAAUAGUAAUUCCAGUGCACAGGUUAGCACAGCAGGUCAGGCAUCCAGGGAACAGCAGUCAAAGAUGGAAAAUGCGGGUGUUAAUUUUGUUGUCUCUGGCAGAGAACAGGCUCAAAUUCAUAACACUGAUGGACCAAAAAAUGGAAACACUAACUCCUUGAACUUAAGUUCACCAAACCCCAUGGAAAACAAGGGAAUGCCCUUUGGGAUGGGCUUGGGGAACGCCUCCAGGAGCACCGAUGCCCCUUCGCCAAGCACUGGAGAUCGAAAGACUGGGAGUGUUGGAUCUUGGGGUGCAGCUAGGGGGCCUUCUGGAACGGACACAGUCUCUGGACAAAGCAAUUCUGGGAACAAUGGGAACAAUGGAAAGGAUAGAGAGGACUCCUGGAAAGGAGCGUCUGUUCAGAAAUCAACUGGGUCAAAAAAUGAUUCUUGGGACAACAAUAAUAGGUCUACGGGUGGGUCCUGGAGCUUUGGCCCUCAGGACUCUAAUGACAACAAGUGGGGUGAAGGGAACAAAAUGACAUCCGGGGUCUCUCAGGGAGAAUGGAAACAGCCGACUGGGUCUGAUGAGUUGAAAAUUGGAGAAUGGAGUGGUCCAAACCAACCAAAUUCUAGCACUGGAGCAUGGGACAAUCAAAAGGGCCACCCCCUCCCUGAAAACCAAGGCAAUGCCCAGGCUCCCUGCUGGGGAAGAUCUUCCAGCUCCACGGGAAGUGAAGUUGGGGGUCAAAGCACUGGAAGCAACCACAAAGCAGGAAGUAGUGACAGUCAUAAUUCCGGCCGCCGGUCGUAUAGGCCCACACAUCCUGAUUGUCAGGCUGUCUUGCAGACUCUCUUGAGCCGAACUGAUUUGGACCCCAGGGUGCUCUCAAACACUGGCUGGGGCCAAACUCAAAUUAAGCAGGACACAGUGUGGGACAUUGAAGAGGUGCCAAGGCCUGAGGGGAAAUCUGACAAAGGAACUGAGGGGUGGGAGAGCGCUGCCACACAGACCAAGAACUCAGGGGGCUGGGGAGACGCACCCAGCCAAAGCAAUCAAAUGAAGUCUGGAUGGGUGGAGCUCUCCGCCUCUACAGAGUGGAAGGACCCCAAGAACACAGGCUGGAACGACUACAAGAACAACAACUCUUCCAGCUGGGGAGGAGGACGGCCCGACGAGAAGACUGCUUCCUCAUGGAAUGAGAAUUCCAGCAAGGACCAGGGGUGGGGGGGUGGACGCCAGCCCAGCCAGGGAUGGACUUCUGGAAAGAAUGGUUGGGGAGAGGAGGUUGAUCAAGCAAAAAACAGCAAUUGGGAAAGUUCUGCAAGCAAACCUGUGUCUGGGUGGGGUGAAGGAGGGCAGAAUGAGAUCGGGACUUGGGGCAACAGUGGGAGCACAAGCCUGGCUUCCAAAGGCGGCUGGGAAGAUUGCAAGAGAUCCCCGGCCUGGACCGAGACUGGCAGACAGCCCAAUUCCUGGAAUAAACAGCACCAACAACAGCAGCAGCCACAGCAGCCACCGCCACCACCUCCAGAGACUUCUGGUUCGUGGGGGGGCCCACCCCCACCACCUCCGGGCAACGGACGGCCUUCGGGCUCCACCUGGAGCAGCGGGCCACAGCCAGUAACCCCGAAGGACGAGGAGCCCAGCGGUUGGGAAGAGCCAUCCCCGCAGUCAAUUAGCCGGAAGAUGGACAUCGACGACGGCACAUCUGCGUGGGGAGACCCCAACAGUUACAACUACAAGAAUGUGAACCUGUGGGACAAGAAUUCCCAGGGGGGCCCAGCACCUCGAGAACCAAACCUGCCUACCCCAAUGACCGGGAAAUCAGCAUCAGUCUGGAGCAAAAGCACACCUCCUGCUCCAGACAAUGGUACUUCAGCGUGGGGUGAGCCAAACGAGAGCAGUCCCGGGUGGGGUGAAAUGGAUGACCCGGGAGCGCCGACCGCGGGCUGGGGGAAUGCACCCUCCAACGCUCCAAAUGCCAUGAAACCUAAUUCUAAAUCUAUGCAAGACGGCUGGGGGGAGAGUGAUGGCCCCGUGACGGGCACUCGCCACCCCAGCUGGGAAGAGGAGGAGGAUGGAGGAGUCUGGAACACCGCCGGCUCUCAGGGAAGCGCUUCCUCCCACAACUCAGCAAGCUGGGGACAAGGAGGAAAGAAACAAAUGAAGUGCUCACUCAAAGGAGGAAACAGUGAUUCAUGGAUGAAUCCUCUUGCCAAACAGUUUUCAAAUAUGGGAUUGCUGAGUCAGACUGAAGAUAAUCCAAGCAACAAAAUGGAUCUGUCUGUCGAUAAAAAGUUUGAUGUGGACAAGCGAGCGAUGAAUCUCGGGGAUUUUAAUGAUAUCAUGAGGAAGGAUCGAUCUGGGUUCCGUCCACCUAAUUCCAAAGACAUGGGAACCACAGAGAGUGGGCCUUAUUUUGAGAAGGGCGGCAAUCACGGUUUGUUUGGAAAUAGCACAGCACAAUCGAGAGGCCUGCACACCCCAGUGCAGCCACUGAAUUCUUCUCCUAAUCUCCGGGCGCAAGUGCCUCCCCAGUUUAUUUCCCCCCAGGUUUCUGCCUCAAUGCUCAAGCAGUUUCCCAACAGUGGCCUGAAUCCAGGUCUCUUCAACGUGGGGCCCCAGUUAUCUCCUCAACAAAUCGCCAUGCUGAGCCAGCUUCCACAGAUUCCCCAGUUUCAGUUGGCUUGUCAGCUCCUUCUGCAGCAGCAGCAGCAGCAACAGCUGCUGCAGAACCAGAGGAAGAUUUCUCAAGCCGUGCGCCAGCAGCAGGAGCAGCAGCUGGCCCGGAUGGUGAGCGCUCUCCAGCAGCAGCAACAGCAGCAGCAGCAGCGGCAACCGAGCAUGAAGCACUCCCCAUCACAUCCCGUUGGGCCCAAGCCACAUCUGGACAACAUGGUGCCCAAUGCUCUGAACGUGGGGCUCCCAGACCUUCAAACCAAAGGGCCAAUACCUGGAUAUGGUUCUGGCUUCAGCUCUGGCGGCAUGGACUACGGCAUGGUUGGUGGGAAGGAGGCUGGAACCGAGUCUCGCUUUAAACAGUGGACCUCCAUGAUGGAGGGACUGCCCUCUGUAGCCACACAGGAAGCCAAUAUGCACAAAAAUGGCGCUAUAGUGGCCCCCGGUAAGGCCCGAGGAGGGUCACCAUACAACCAGUUUGACAUCAUCCCGGGUGACACGCUGGGUGGCCAUACGGGUCCUGCUGGUGAUAGCUGGUUACCUGCCAAAUCUCCACCAACAAAUAAAAUUGGAAGUAAAUCCAGCAAUGCCAGUUGGCCUCCAGAAUUCCAACCAGGAGUGCCAUGGAAAGGUAUCCAAAACAUCGACCCUGAAUCUGACCCCUACGUCACCCCAGGAAGUGUGCUGGGGGGUACCGCCACAUCUCCCAUUGUAGAUACUGACCACCAACUUCUGCGGGAUAACACCACAGGGUCUAAUUCUUCCCUCAACACCUCGCUGCCUUCACCUGGUGCCUGGCCCUACAGUGCCUCUGACAACUCCUUUACCAACGUUCAUAGCACUUCAGCAAAGUUCCCUGAUUACAAAUCGACAUGGUCCCCAGAUCCCAUAGGACACAACCCCACUCAUCUCUCCAACAAGAUGUGGAAAAACCAUAUUUCCUCAAGGAACACUACACCGCUGCCCCGCCCGCCUCCUGGUCUGACCAACCCCAAACCGUCAUCUCCCUGGAGCAGCACAGCACCCCGAUCCGUCAGAGGGUGGGGGACACAGGACUCGCGGCUUGCCUCAGCCUCUACCUGGAGCGAUGGUGGUUCGGUUCGUCCUAGUUACUGGCUGGUUCUUCACAAUCUCACUCCACAGAUUGAUGGGUCAACCUUGAGAACCAUCUGCAUGCAGCACGGCCCACUGCUGACAUUCCACCUGAACCUAACCCAGGGCACCGCCCUGAUCCGAUACAGCACCAAACAGGAGGCGGCGAAGGCCCAGACUGCACUGCACAUGUGUGUGUUGGGAAACACUACCAUCCUGGCUGAGUUUGCCACCGACGAUGAGGUCAGCCGCUUCCUGGCGCAGGCGCAGCCCCCUACGCCCGCAGCCACCCCGAGCGCACCCGCGGCAGGAUGGCAGUCGCUGGAGACCGGCCAGACCCAGUCAGACCCUGUCGGACCUGCUCUGAAUCUGUUCGGAGGGUCCACGGGGCUCGGGCAGUGGAGCAGCAGCGCUGGUGGCAGCAGCGGGGCCGAUCUUGCUGGCGCUUCGUUGUGGGGGCCCCCAAACUAUUCUUCUAGCUUGUGGGGAGUCCCAGCCGUGGAAGAUCCCCAUAGGAUGGGCAGCCCUGCUCCUUUACUACCUGGUGACCUUCUGGGAGGAGGGUCGGAUUCAAUCUGAACUUAGAACUUUCAACUCUGACCUCGUGACCUUUUUUGGAACAGCAGCAGCACUAACUUGACCUUUUCGUUUUUUUUUUCAACUUGCAAUAAAUACAUUUUUAAAAGGAAAAAAGAAAACGGAGAGAGAAAAAAAGGUGGGUCAUUGACAGACUGUCUGAGCACAUAGUUGCCUCCCUUAUAACUUCAGUUUUUUCGUUUGGAAUAUGAAUCCAAAAAGAGAACAUAUCACUCUUGAAAUACUUGAAUCAUGAACGCCAACCUAGAGAGACAAUGUGAAGCAAGUACACAUACCAUUUAAAUUUAAACACAAAAAAAUUAAAAAAAUUAGUUUCUAGUUUUUCACUUUUUUCAUGUUAUAUGGAAGUUGUUGCUAAGAAACAUAUAUACUGAAAAAAAAAUAGCUUUUUAACUUUGUUUGCACUGGGUGUGUUUCCGUCCUUAGGUCUACCAUGUUUGGGAGGGAGGGGAAUUCAAAAGAAUUGUUGGGGUGGGGGGAGGGAAGACUUGACGGAGCCUCACUUUAAAAACAAAAACACAAAAAACCUAAAAAAAAAAAUAUGGAAAAAUUUGUGAUUGGCUGGUUGAUAAAUACCAGUGUGUUCUGGCACAUGUAACUGCCCAGGCAUGCUCGUUCUCGUGUGUGUGCACGUGCGUCCCUGUGCAUCGCGAGCGUCCUCCUGUCUCCGUGUGUGCGCCGGCGGCCUCCCGCCUGGUUUCUCAGAAGGCUGCGCUGCUGACCGUCCGCAGGCUGGCUGGCCGGCCACCCGCUUUCUCCUCAUUUCGUUGUCACGCCGAGAACAGACCACGAGGGAGCCGCCCUGGACGGCACGGGACGAGGAGCUCUGCGGUACGUGCGCCGCUGCCUGGGCCAGAAACUGCGAGAGCGGGAGGCGCCUCCUGGAGCAACUGUGUGUUUAUUUAUUUCUGUUUUUUAAAGUCAGGCCGCCAGGCCCACCUGGAUUUCUGUUCAGUUUCACGCGGGCCUUUUCAUUCGUUUGAAUGGGAACCGACGAUCAGAUCGUUCUUAAUUCUGUGAUGUCUCAAAAGCAGAAACGCUGUGUUCCCCCUUUCUUGUGUCAUCAGGUGUGAGCAGUUCUUCAGAGAAGUCAGGUAAUGCUGAAUGAAAUCUUUCUAUGGGUUCUCGCGUUCAUUUUACGAAAACGGAAGAAAGUCCGUGGCGAGCAGCCUCCUGACCGCACGCUGCACCCGCUCCCUGCUUGCCGAGCGUUACCUGUGCCAGGCCGCGGUGUCCAGCACCAGGCCACCACUGACAGAAACGUUUACUUAACGAAUGUUCUUAAACCAGUGUGUACUUCAAGCGUUUCCUUUCGUCCCUCCGUGUUGUGUAUUUCCUGUGUAUGUGGUUUUGCUUAGGCAGGUAUAACUUAGCAAAGACUUAAGUAUUGCACCUUUUUUUGGUUUUGACCUCUUAUGUUUUAUUUUUUUCCUUGUAACGUUGCUUUUUUUACUUCGGUAUUUAAAGACUUUUUUUUUUUUUUUUUUAAAGCAUCCAUGUAGUAGUACUCUGGGCCGAAUAGGGGGCAACUUGUAAUCCACAGUUAUCACCAACAUGUAUGUACAUAUGUUGGAAUCAAAAUGUAUCAAACUGCUUUUUGUGAAGAGUUAGAGCAGACCUGAGGGGUGCCCCUGGACACAGAGCAGAUGGCUGGCGGGGGGGGGGGGGGCGCCUGCGUCGGUAGCAUGCUAGCACUUGUGUGGGCACCCCAGUCUGCGUUCCGCUGUUUCACAUGAAGUGCCGACAUUCUGUACCAGCAAAUACCUGCCCAUUCCAGCCCUCGGGGGGAGCAGACCUUCUGUCCUCCGACCCUUGCUGCUAAAGAGGACAAGGAGUUUAUCUUUCUUUAGCAUCUUCAGUGACGGCUACAACAAUGCCUGACGUAUUUGACUCUUAGCUUGUGUCUGUGUGUAAGUGGGUGGGUGGGUGUGUAAAGGAAAAGGCAAAAAGACUAAUUUUCUGCAUUCAAGUGGUUUUGUGAGACAGAACGGGAAUUCUGUAGACCUCGGCUUACCUGUUGACGAUCAGCCUAGCCUCAGAAGAGAGUGACGUGCAUAACUCAAGGGAAGGUGUCCUCGCGCGAGUCUCUAGGGCCCUCUGUGGGCAGGUGGUCACACUGGAGUUUCCGGCACGGGUUUGGAUGCCUUGUAGAAAACUAACUGUGCCCUCCCCCGGCCCUUGGUUUCCGUCGCCAUGGUGCCCCUCUGCUCACGGAUGGAGUGUGUCCUUCCAGCCCCGCUGACUGCUCUGUGCGCGCGGCUGCCUCCAGGGGACGAGCAGCCGCGCUCAGACGUCUGCAGGAGGCAAACACCUUAGUGUUCCCGGCCAGGAGCAUGUCCCGAGUCUCCCACCAGCCAGCGGUGACCUGUCCCCCGCUGGCUCGACUCCCACCGUGUCCUCCUGCCCUCCCGCCCACCCGUUGGUUUCUCGACCUGCAUUCUGGGUUAGUUGAGUUCCUUAUGAUCCUACGGUGAAAGCCGGGUGCUAGAGCCCCUCUUGUUUACAAGACAUAAUGAGGGAUUUGAAAUAUGUAAAAAUAAACAUGAGAAGCUAAAAAUGUUCUUCCAUCAUAAGCUUAAAGGGAAAAAAAUUAAAAACUUAAAAAAAGACCAAAAAGUGCGUAUAUAUAUAUAGAUAUAUAUACAUAUAAAUAUAUAUUUUAGAUGAAGACUAACUCUGGGAGCAUUUAACAGUGUUUUUUGUUUUUGUUUUUAACAUUUAUUUUCCUGCUUUAAAAUUUGCAAGCAUUCUCAGGAAUUCUAGGGUAGGAAGCCAGUUUUUUUGAUGAUGGUUUAUUUAACCGUAUCUUAUCCUAGAUAGACGGCUGUUUCUUUCCUGUUAAUAAACUUUUACAAGUUCCUGAAACUUCAAAAAGUUUAAACAAUUUUUUCUUAAAAAUGUAAAGAGAAAAGUCUCCAAUCGUGAUUGUCAUACUGGGGAAUCACACAUUUUAAAACACAUAGAAAUAUUUUUAAAAAAAUGAUCAAUUUAGCAGCAACAGGUCAAUUCAUUAUCUUAAAAAAUGUGGGAGAAGGAUUAAGCUUUAUGAGAGCGCUGUCAUGGAUUCAUUUGCAGCUGUUUAUGAUCCAGUGGGAAAGUGUUAGGUGUACACUAAUGGGAACGCCAUCACUUUGUCCCAUUCCAUUUAAGACCGAACUGAAAUCUCCCCUAAUCAUUUUCUUUUAAAGGACCCCUCUCCCUGUCCCUCCACCCCCAGCCCCAGCAACAAAAAAAGGAAGGAAGAAACAUCUUAAAAAAAAUAAAAAUAAAAACUCUAAUUUGUAAAAUAGUACGGUUGGAUUGCUGAGAAUCUAUGUAAAGAGUCAGGAAAUAUAGGUUAAUAAUUUUUGGAACAAAUUUUAAAUAUAGGCAUUACUAGAAGAAAAUUAUCUAUGGACUGUCCUGUUAAUGAAGAAUGUCUGUCUUACCUCCAUUUGUUAUGGGAGGAGGAGGAAAUAAUAGAGGAAUCUAAUAAGGAACAAAUGAUUUUACUUUUUUAGCUCCCAGCUACUGUUGUGCUCAUUUUAAUUGCUGUUUUGAAGAUCUGCUGCUUAAUGAUCCCCAUCCCUCAGUCGGAGAUGUGGAGUAUUUCAGUUUUUGGUGAUGUUGAAUUGAAUUCUCCUUUUGUAUUCCCUCCUGGGGCCGGGGGUCAGAAUUCCCACGCAUGACCACAGCUUCUUUUAAACAUCUAAGCUUCCCAGUGGGAAAGAAACUCCAGCUCGACUGGUUAAGGGAGUGGGUGGGGUUGCUGCCUGCAUUUCUCUAAAACCGCUUUAGUGCCUUCGUACAUACACCCAGACAUCCUGAGCAGGGGCCCGCGCGUCUCUGCGCGUGUGGUCCAGUCACUCCACGGACAUCGGGACGCUUGCCCGGCUAGGAAAUCUGAGUGACUCUGGACAGGCCUCAAAGGCCGUGGGCUACGUUUAAGACAGACAAAAAAAAUCACGGAAGUGGAUAAUAAGGAAACCAAGACCCUUCCCCGUGGUGUCAGCUCCUUUCCCAGGCACCAACGUUUCCAGGUGUGUGCUUGUGAUGACGUAGCAAUUUGGAAAGUCUCAUGUGGGGCCAGAAGAAAGGGGUUCCUGUCUUUCUGCUCUUGUCCUCUUUCGUCUCCUCCCAUUCCCUCUCCCUAGCCCCCCUCUUUUUUUUGUCAUCUUGCUGGAAGCUUUGCUUUAUUGGUUGGCAGUGACCUAAUAAGAACAGGAUACCGUGAGGAUGUAAUGGAAAAGCGUUUUCUCCCUGUGGUGUUCUUUGGCGAAAGCUGUGUCUGCUGAGAGGUUAGGUGGCUUCAGUGCACUUAGAAAAUGUUGGCGUGUGUACAGAGGCUUGCUGGUCACCUUGCGUGACAGAUUUAGAGAUACUUUCAUCUCGUGAAUUUGAGCUUUCCAUGUUUUUACUAGUUUCCUUUAUUUGACACUUGAUGACUGGUGGCUAGCGGAGUCCAUCUCUCAGGUGUCACAAACGUGGUUCCUGUCGACCACAAGGGUAGCCAAAAGAAGAGACAGACGCACAGUAGGGAAGGGCUGUCUUCCAUCAGACUGGGGACCUCUCCUGGCAAGUGAGAUCCAGUGCCAUGACCCACUUUUGGAUGUUAAAAAAGAAAACAGUUCAGCUCUCCGAGACACUGUGAAGCAGUGGAUGGCCUGUGGCAUCCCCGCCCAGCCAGCCCCAGUCCUUGAUGGUUUGCGUUUACAGCGUUCACAGCAGCUAACUUAGCAGUACUGCGAGUUAAGGCUCCACACCAAAUUCUCUGACCCGUGUCCCCAGUGCAUCCACUUUACCCGUGAUUGCCAUUCAUUUCCUUUGAUUGAUAGCAGUUUGAUUUUCUAUGACUGUGGCUCCUGUUCUAAGAACUUUUCCACCUCUUCUGACAUGAAUGUAGCAAAAAAAUCAGCAAUUGUUCUUCCAAGUUCUUGUACCUAGCAGAAACUAAAAUUUCAUGGGCCAUUAACUUGUUGCAAAUGUUCACUUUCACCAUUUUUCGGGGGGGGAAAGGGCCAUUUUUGUAGGGUUAACAGCCAGAUGCAUAUCGACCUCCAAUGCUGUGUACUUUUUAAUUUUUCUAUAUCUGCCAUCUUGACUGAGAAUGAAGGUGGCUGUGUGCUGAGCAAGACCCCUCAGCCUCUUUCCUCUGCAGCGUCAGCAGGUGUUCUCAGCAGACGUGGCUGUGAUCAAACAUCUCUGUGAUUAGGGCACAAUUGCAUCUUUAUGUAGAGAAGGUCCCUUCUCCCCCACCCACAGUUUAAAUCCAACAGUUAACACUUCGUAGGUUAUCGUGUGGGGUUUGGGGUUUUGUCUUUUGUUUUAAAAUAUCUAUAAGGUCUUUAACUAGGAGUAUAAGUACGUUUUUUAGCUGGUUAAACAAAAUCCAGCUUUUCCUUCUCCAGUGUUUUUGCCACGUGUUGUCACCUUCAUGUGUAUGCAUUAAGCUAUACUUCUUAGUGUUACUGCAAAAAAGCAGUCUUGUUUUUGCAUCGUUUUCCCUCCUGCGUGUGUACCUCCAAGACCCCUCCUGUGGCGGGGAUGGAAGGUCUGGCCUGGCUGUCUGCGAUGAGUUGUCCAUCUCUAGGCCUUAGCAGUGGAUCAGAAAACUGUCCCUCGCCCUCACCUCUGCUGUGCGCCACGCCCCACCCCCCUUACCUGCAGGUAUGAGAUGUCCGUCCGGUCUAGAAACAGGCAGGCAGACAUAAUCUCGUCCAGGAUGUCAUCAGCCUACUAAACACAUAGCCGCUCACCCUCAUUUCCGGAGUCUGCACGCCCUGUAAUAGGGCACCAGUGCCAAAGGCUUGUGUGUGUCAGGCCCCACUGGUCAGUGGCGGUGGCGUGCUCCUUGCCUUCAGGAAUCCGUGAACAAAGGAACGACUUCAUCAAAAUGAACGCUGGCCUUCUACCCUGCCCACCAUACCUCCCCGCUGCCUGCGCCGCCAGAGUGAGAGGCCAGGGCAUGGACAGGGCAGGGCAGAGGACACUAGUUAGGAAGCAUCCCUGCCCCUGCCUGCCGGGCGUCCUGCCCACCACGUGCCUGCAUCGGUGAUUUCCAAGUAUUCUAGUAUUUGAGCCGUUUUCAGCUGCCGCUCGCUCGUAGUGACCUCACCACCACCCCAAGAAGUAGCAAAAGUUACAGAAACUGCCAGUGUUCGCCUGAGAAUUGGAAUAGUUCCCUUUCUCUUGGAUGGAUCCGGAAUCUGUACUUUAACAAGAACCUGCGCACGGCGGGAAAGGUCAGGAGAAGGGCACGAGGGUUCUGUUGUAAAUCAGAAAGAACGAGUGUCUCCCCAAGCAUGCUGUGCCUCAGAUUCCAUUUGCAAACUCCAUUGCUUUGGAAAUGACAUUCCCCUGGUCAUCAGCCCAUUUCUAGCCCAUGUGAAUAAGUUGAGACUGUUUUUUGAAAAAGUAAAAUUCCUCUUUAUUGCUAACGCCGAGCGGUGGCAGAGAAGCGGCAGAGUAGCUUCCAGUAUUGCUGUAGCAGUUGUGAAAUGAGCUUCUUUCCUUCCCUCUGCCCGGCUUUCCUGGCCUCCUCUGGAGCCUGGCACUCCUGCCUGCCCUCGGGGCGUGGGCUUGCAGUUCUUUAAGCCUGGGGCGGGCAGGGGGCAUCAGUCAGCCAGCUGGACAGCCCAGCUUGGAGAGGCCACCAGUGUAGCCUGCUCACAGCCAGUGGCGCCUACUUGAGUUCGCCAAAAAUGAAAGGGGGUGGGUACAAGACCAGACAGAAACCUUUGGAACCUUUACGAGUGGUACCUUUCAAAGGUAGUAGGAUUUCUCACCAAGUGCUGCAUUGCAGGACUCUCCUUGCCAGCAGCUUUGGGUUAAGCUUAAAUACAUGUGUUUAAAACACCACCCCUCCACCGCCGCCCCCUUUCAGAUUUGUCCAAGGAGUUAGAUACUUAAGUGUAGUAUUUCUGAAUGUGCCUUUGUGAGUACAGAGACCGUCUGUUUUGGGAAGCAGCUCUCCAGUGGGAUGAAGCAGGACGGUCGCUUCAUCUUUAGGGAAGGCAGUGUCGGGCCCGCGGUCCCCAGGGACAGCUGUAGAGUUUUCAUUCGCAUCAAUAUUGCACAGUAUCGGGUGGUGUGGAGGAGAUUCUAGGCUCGGGGGAGGGGAUGGCAGGUGCACAGGUGGCGCAACCCAGGUGCCUCCAAGGGUGCAAGUGGAACGUGUCUCUGCAUCACCUAGUCUUCUUCGUGUACAUGUGUGUACGUGCGUGUGGCUGUGGCUGGUUUUUGUUUUUCUGUAAGCACUGGAGAAUUGAAAUAUGGUGAUGUCAGUGCCGCCUCAUGCAUGUGGAGAAGGCACUUCCCUGCUCUGCAAGGCGUGUCUGGCCCCGCGGGAGUCCCCGCGUCCGGGGCCACCCCGCAGCCCGGGUCAGACCUGCCGGGGAAAGCUUUUGAAAGAAUACAGUGAACGUGUCGGAGAAAGAAAGAGCAAAAUCUGAAAUCAUAUUUUAUUUCUUCAGAACAAUUAUAGUUAAGGCAUAGAAGCCUGCAGUAUCUCCUCAUAUGUCUUUGUUUGUUUUAAAUGAUUCCACCUCUUCUCCCCACUCCCUAUCUUCUAAAGAAAUACCAAGUGAAUGCUAAGGGCCGUUUCCAGAAUUCCUCAGAACUCCCCAAAGAGGAAAACUAUCCCUCCCGCAAAAGAUUCCUUCAGCUUCAUUCAGGAAGACAAAGGGAGGAGAGACUGCAGCUUUCUGUGCUUCUCUCUCAUUCCUCUCUAAUGGCCUUGAAAUGUAUUAUUAUGCAAAUGUGAAUUUUGAUACUGAAUUUAAGAAGAGGUUGUUGGGUAUUUUCUUUUUUUCAAAAAAAAAAAAAAACAAAGGUCCCAUAUGUGGUCAUCAUUGCUUCUUUAUUUUGUCACGUGAAUUGUAACUAUGCAUUCUGCAGGGGGGGAGGGCGGAAAGGGGAAGGAGCAGCUUUGCAUCUUUGUUCUAGGUUUCUGUGUCCAUGAUACCCCGUGUCCGGGCAGGGGAGGGGAGCGAGAGCACAAAGCGGCAAGGGGGGGCACAGUGAGGUGGAGGGAGACCCCAGAGUCCUCCCAAGGUCACGUAGGCCUGAUGGCCCAGCCAGUCCCGGGGGCGCUCAUUCACUGUCCACCAACAUGGUACAGGAUUCUGUCCUAGCCACGCAGUGUUAACCAGUGCAGCAGUGUGGCCCGAAGGCUUCAUUGUUCUCUGGACAAAAGUACUCAUCCCUUCCUGAUUCCAGAACCCUCUCAAGCUCAGGAAACCAGGCCUCACCAGUGCUGACCUUAAAGUCAUCUUUGCAUCAUUUUCAAAAACGCCUCCUCUUCCUCUGUCCUCCUCAAGUUUUCUCUUUAAUCAUGUUUCAGUGAACUUUAUAAGGAAAUUGUCUUGCUUACUGGGAAGGAGGACUGUUUGCUUGGAAGGCAAAGGAAAGGGUUCUCUUCUCUCCUGUCUCUCCCCCCAGCCCAGUGUAAUCUCUCUGCAUCCUUUGCAUUUACGAAUUUACUCAGCUGUGUAGAGCUAAGCAAGCAAUCAGGCCUUAGACAUGGGAAAACCUGCAGCCCCUUUGUCCGCAGCAUCCCUCUUGCCUCGGUGAGCCGCGGUGCCCCGUUGCUCCAGUCUCGGCGUUCUCUGCACACGCGGCAGCUGAGCGAGACCCUCCUGCCCGAGCUCAGUGUUCCCACGCCGCAGUCUUUGUCGACGUUCACAGUACUGUAACCGUCACAGACUUGACCGGUCUCCUCGUGCCCAUGCGCGGCUGCACAGGCACCGUCUUAUCAGGUUCCUAGCUGGUAGAUUGCCUUUAGACAAAAAAAAAAAAUAAAAAAAUAAAAAAAAAUCCUGACGUUUCAACUGUCCAGCACAAAAAAUACCUCGAGGUACAUGUCCCCUGCGAUGGAGACCCUGAACUCCCCUCUCCUUCCUGACAUCAGUGGGUUGUCCUUUAUCAAAUAUGAAUGUGUAAAUAGCAGGAUGACUUCUACACUUGUUUCUUUGCUGUGAAAAUAACCCUAAAAUAUGAUCUUUCCUUUUUUUUUUUUUUUUUUUUUUUUUUUUGGAAGCCAUCAGCUCUCACACUUAAGACAAGAUAGCAGAGCAGGUCAGGGGAGUCGACUGAAUUUGUGGGGUGAUGUGUCUUCCACACACCCACAGUAAGACGGAGGCCACUAGGUGCCAUCUGUCCCACAUGCUAGCUCCGGGCGGGGACUGGCUCAGUUUCUCUCUUCGGAAGAUCGAGACCCUGAGCUCUCAGCCUUUCUUUUUCAAACAUACACUCGGUCUCACACACACCUUGAGUAUCUGAGUGGCAUGCUACAGUCACAAAGGGGGUCGGCCCUGACACUCGCUGUGCACUGUAGAAUUCCUGGCUUUGUCACCUUGCAAUACUCUGGAAAUGGACUGGUUUCUUACUCAGAGGAAACCGUACCUGAAAAGGCACGUACCUGACCCAUGAGGGCCGCGCACCCUCAGAUGCACCCCUGCCAAGGGCCCAACUUGGACAUCAGGUAGAGGGAGACGCCUUUGGCAGAUGCCGCUUUAGGGACCUGUCUGCUACUGCUCUCUGACAUUUGGCCACCCCCACCACAGGGCCCAAAUGGUUCUUUUUGAAUAGAACCCAACAUCACCAACACGCCUUUCCCAUCUUACAGAUAAGCCUUGUGUGUGUCAAACAGCCCCUUCUUAGCUUGAGCUCGCUGAUCCUGUGUAGUGACGACUUCCCUGCAGGGAAGAAGCUUGAUUGUAAAUGCACGCAUACUCACCACCCAGCUUCUGAUUGGGGUGCUGUCCACGUUGGGGUUUCAUUUCUGUUGUAUGUUCGGAGACCCCUUGUCUCCUUCCUCUGACCCCUUGUGAGUGCUUCCCGCCCUGCCAUCUACUUGCGACGCCCCCAAGGGCUUUGCUGAUCUCUGCACUUCUUUCCUGGGACACUCCACCCUGCCACCGCCCUCUGCACACACCAGUGACCAAAGUGUGUCCAGUGAUCUCACAGAAGACAUCAAACAUGGUGCACGCACCGUGAAUGUGCUCAGAGACACGUGCACAAGAGUCUGCACCCUCGGCCUUAACCUCAGUCUGACUUACGGUGCGGAAACAUUUUUAACAGGUUUUACAAAAACAAAAAACCCUUCUGGGAGCGGGAAAGAAAGCAGACGCCAGCUCAACUGUGCCCCCCAACUCCAUUAUUUGCUCACCACUUCACAUUCUGGGCCCACCCCACCUCAGCCCCUCCCUGUUUUGAGAAACCAAAAACCGACAACAGAAGCAACCUGAGGAGAGGUUUCUGGACUAUUUUCUCUUUCUCCAUUUGGAUGGAGAUAUAAAUGCUGCUUUGGGUUCCAUAAUCCUAGGGGGCUAUGUUUACAUAGUAAAAUACAUCCUACCAAAUCAGGAAACUGAACAGCGGGAAUCUCUUCAGUGAGAGUGAGGUCACCGAUGGUGGAGAGAGGGCGGCGGGGCAGAGGGAGAGACUUGUGGCUGGGGCUCCCUUCAUCCGCUUCUCCCCUCACUUCUGUCCUCACCCCCUGUAGACAGAAGGUGCAGAGACGGGCAUCAGAAUGAGGAUGGGUUUUUUAAAGGCAGCUUUUCCAACUUUGCACACAGACAGGUAACAGGAAGGUACAGCAAAAAAUCCUCUCACCUAAAACACUGUCCGCAGAACCCAGGCCUGUAAAGAUGACUUCGUAGCUGCACGUACUGAUGUUCUCUGCGAGUUACCUAGAAGUGUUUUGUUUUUCUUAUACUUGAAAUAGCUUUUACAAUAUUAUUUUGGUGGCUUUCCUUUCUCUCUUCUGGUGGGCAACAGAAAAGUGGAUGAUGGGAUUUCAGGAAGUCUGAGGGGAGAAAAGGGAGGCUGUGGCAUUGUCUUUUUUUUUCCUUAAACAAUAGAGGUUUAAUCAAACUCCCAUUUGUUGAAAUUGCUCCUCAUAUUACUGGUUUUACAUGGACACAGAAACUAGGCACUUUAGAGGUGCACUUGCAUGGCAGGCUGGGCCCCCCUUUUCUAUAUUUUAUUUUACUUUUUUAGUAUAGUGGUACUUAAAAUCACUGGUUCACUUAAAAAAAUAAACAAUAAAAUGUUAAACUCUACUAAUGUACAAAUAAGCUGAAAAGUUGCAUUUUAUGUGUAUUUUUUGCCAUAGCAGGUACUGUAUUUCUCAUGCUGGAUUUCAAAAAAACAAAAAAACAAACAAAAAAAAAAACAAAAAAUCAAAACAAACAAAAAAAAACUAAAGGGUGGUGUUUUAUUGGAUUGUGACAGGUUGAGUAAUAAGGAAUCAAGUCGUCGUCAUUUCAUUAAAACUGAGAGAUGAUGUAGUGCAUUUGUAAGUUUCCUGAAGGGUUUUUUUUUUUGGGCUUUUAAACAGCUUAUUUUUGUUUUUGUUUAGUUUUUUAUUUUAUUUUAUUUUGGAAAGAUAUGAUUGUAUUAUGUGCAACUCAGUUGCUUACAUUAUAACUACAAAAUAUUUUUGGGUUCCUGGAAAAAGAAAAAAGACUAAUAAAUGUGUUUGGCUGCUAAGC